GGCUGGCAUGUUAGAAUCAGUCAAGGCAACUUUGAAUUUCAGAGUCUAAACAGCAGUAGGUAGCCGAGCCUCAAAGAGAUGACUGGUCUGACAAGUCCGCAUUUCCCAACUCAACUGGAUUGGUAGCAUAGCAAGGGAAUCUCUGUAGCAUCUGAAUACAACCAGUCAGCUCAUUCCAGCUGAGAGCUUGUCAAAGCAGCUGUGACAAGUGUCUGCCAAGGCAAUCUGUGCUGAAAGCGUCAAAAGCAGUAAAUGGGCUCUAUCAGGAAGAAGUUGGUGAUCGUUGGGGAUGGUGCUUGUGGGAAAACAUGUCUGCUCAUGGUUUUCACCAAAGGCCAGUUCCCCGAAACCUAUGUGCCAACUGUAUUUGAGAACUAUGUGGCAGACUUUGAAUUGGAUCAGAAACAGAUACAAUUGGCACUUUGGGACACAGCAGGUCAGGAAGACUAUGACCGACUGAGGCCGCUUUCCUAUCCAGACACUGAUGUAAUCCUUAUGUGCUUCUCUGUGAUCAGCCGGGACAGUUUAGUAAAUGUUAAAGACAAGUGGGCUCCUGAAGUGAGACACUUCUGUCCUCAUGUUCCCAUAGUCCUGGUGGGGAACAAAACGGAUCUUCGCAAUGAUGAGGAUGUCAGAAAAACACUUGCCAGACAGAGAGAGGAGCCAAUUAAAUAUGAAGAGGGCAAAGACGUGUCUGAUCAAAUUGGCGCCUACAGCUACCAGGAGUGUUCUGCUAAAAACAAAGAUGGCGUGAGGGAAGUCUUUGAAACUGCAGCUAGGGCAGCGUUGACGAACGACAGCCGUCGGAAGAAGAAUCGCUGUGUGCUUGCCUAAAAUCCGGUGAAAAGUAGCGUUAUCCUGGAGCUCUCGUGAAGGGCAGAGCCCUUCUAUAGAACUUUAAGGGGCGGGGAGGAAUUUAAAGCCAAGACGUCUCAAACCAAGGCUGAUUUGUAGCUCAAGAAGAACAAAGACAAGAACAUCUACGCUAUAGAAAAACUAUUAUGAGAUUCAUGACCUUGUACAAAAUCAAUUUGUAAUUUGGUUUAAAAAUAAUUAUUGCUAAUAGUAACAUAAACCUUUCUUGGUACCAUAACGCCGCAAUUUUAAGUGCUAAGAUAUUUCUGUACCAUACUGUGAAGUUCAUUAACCAGGGGAUCAAUUCACAAACAGGUGAGCUGAAUUAGGCUUCAUAUUUUGUCACUAUUAUCGUCACAAGGCAUUGUAUAUUUUUAAUCUUCCUUUUUAGCCAUCAUAUCUCCAUUAUACUGUCUUGUACACCUAUGAUCUUUUGUGAAAAUGUUUUUCAGCCACAUUUUAACUGUAGAAAUUAUCAUCAAAUUCUGAAUAUAGAAAAUAAACUAAUAUUCUGUUACUGGUGAAAUGUUUCUUGUUACAAGUUUUGGUCGUGUAAUCUUUUUAAGUAUUUUUUGUUUUUGUGAGAACUUUUUGUUGCAUUCAGUUAUCGAUUACUGCAACAAUUUGAUAUUACUUUUAUACUUCUCAUAAAAUUUCUUGCAUGCUUUCAUAUUUGGUCAAACGUUUUAUGAAAUAGCCUAAGAUUAUGUCAAAUUUCAGAUUUACUUACCAUAUUGUCAAGAGAUUACGCUUUCAUAAAAUUUGUAAAACACAGUGGUCUUUUUCUUUAAUGUAAGGAUAUUGUGUUCUCCAAAUACUUUAUUGAACAGCAGCUUCAACAGAAACUGCAAUAUAAGAAUAUGUAUUGUACUUACAAUGUUUUUGUAAAGGUAUUUCAUUCAU